UAUGUAUCAGAGGAAAAAGCAGAUUUUUAACAGACAGAACGUUAUAGGAGCUGCUCCAAAAAUGAGGAAAGUGUUUAACAAAAGCAAGAAUGAGAAACCCUUAAUGGCCUCAAUUUCACUCAUAGAUGAAGGGUCGAUCCAGAGUCCAAGACAUAAUGUUUAUACGCCUUCUAAGCGAUCGAAGUAUGAUAGGUCACCUUAUAAGCCUAAGAAUACAUUAGCAGUAAACAGGAAUAUACAAACACAUAGGAAAGAGAAAAGCAAGGACUUCUGGGAGACCCCUAUUCAUUUUGACUCACAAGAGAUCACUAAUGUGUCUCAAUCUAGAAGACCCUUUUUAAGAAAAUAAUUUAAGCGUAUUAGCAGAACUGACUGGGAUAUUUAAGAAAAACUCUAUUUUUAGGAUUUCGCAGAAUAAAGAGAUAGAUAAUGAACCCAAAACAGUCAGGAAUAAAAUAUGAGUGAAUCGGAUCUCUUCAGAUAAUAACUUUACUUCAAUGUGUAAUGGCUAUGUUCCUAAAAUGACCGUCCAGCUGACCACCAACAAUGGAAAGACAGCAUUCAGGAACAAAGAUAGCUGUGUCAAGUCUAUUUAUAAGAAAAGGAAGAAUAACAGAUUAAACUCAAGCCAAGAAUUUAAGAAUCUUUCAAAGUUGAUUCCAUCAAGCAGUGGUUCCCUAUACUCAGACAUGAAGGAUAGAAUAGAUAGGUCGAAUAGCCGUGUCAAAGUGCUCAUGAAUGAGAAUCAGAAACUGAAUACCAUCCUCAGUCAGGGAUCUGACAGACAAGAUCAGUAUGUAAGUGAAGAAAUUGAGAAAUUGACCAAAGAAAUGCUCUUUUGGAAGCAAAAAUAUGAUGAGGCUGAUAAACUCCUUCUAGUGAAGGAUAAAAAGAUCCAAGAACUUUCUGGUAAGCUCCAACAUCUUGAGAAAGAUCUUGUGAGUUAUCAAGAGGAGGCCAAAUCUAAGGAAGCAAUAGCAAAGAAAGGGCUGGAAAUAGCUAAGAAUGAAUCUGCAUUUUUGAAGCAGGAGCUUGAGAAAGCCAAUCAGAAGUGUUCUAUCUCACAAAAUGAUAAGCAGCUGAACGAUACUCAGACAGAAUCUUAUAAGCUUAAGAUUGCAAAUCUGGAAGGGAAAUUAGAGGCAAAAGACAAGGCUUAUAAUGAUAUUAAACAGCAGAUUAAAGAUAUGAAGUUUGAACUUGAAAGAUUAAGGAUACAUAAAACAUCUCAUAUAGCUUCAAUGCCACUAGAUUCUGCUAACUUAAUUUCAAAGAACAUUUAUGAAUCUCCAAUAUCUAAAAUAAAAUCACUCAGUGAUAUUACAAAACCGCUGUUGGGCUUGGACAGCUCUCAAGUUCCUACAAAUGAGACUUGCUUCCUUUCUAGUGAGGAGCCUAAAGUUACAUCAAACAUUGAUCUGGCAUCAUCUCCAACUUUAGCAAAUCUGGGAUAUACCCCAUCUAUGACUCAUGAGAACUAUGGAAGCAGCUCUGUAGGAGCUGCUUUGUCUUGGGGUUCUAAGCCUCAAACGGCUGCUCAACUUGAUCGCACUCAGAGCCCACCUAAGAAUCAAAAGUUUUCUUCCAGACAUGAAGAACUUCAAUUCAACUUAGCAGAAGAGCAAAGACUUCUCAGCUUAAUCCGAGAUCCCCCUCUACAAUAUAGAAAAAGAGCAAAACAACAAAAACUAAACGAAACCCUCAAAAAAGUCCAAAGAAAAGUCUAUGAACUAAGCUUCGAAAUUAAAAGAUUAACCUAA